ACCUGACGCGUUUGAUUAUUUUUAUCGAUGCCUGUUUUAAAAUGGCGACGCCCAGGGUGGUGACACGUGAAUUGUUUGCCGAGGGAAUUCGGGCGGUUUUAGGGACGUGGCCCGCAUUACAGAUUGCAGUGGAGAACGGGUUCGGAGGAGCUUUCUCCCAGCAGAAAGCAGAGUGGAUGGUGGACGCUGUGCAGCAGUACUUCAGCGACAACGUCGAUCUACAGCACCUUGAAGUGGAGGACUUUCUUGCAGAGAUAGUGAACAACGAGUUUGACACUGUGGUGGAGGAUGGGAGCUUGCCAGAGGUGGCGCUGCAGCUGUGCGAGCUGUUCAGCCAGUGCUCCCGAGGCCAGCUGGAGGAAGUGAAGGGGAGAAUCGCUCAGCUGGAGCUGAAGAGGAGCAGCGUGGGCCGGGGGAAAGUGGUAGCAGAUGAGGAAGAGGAGAGCAGCGAGGAAGAGGAGGCUGCAGAGGCUAUGGACUGCGAUGGAGCAGGAUCAGCCUCUACAGCGAUGCCAGCAGACUCCUCCGCUCUCUCCCCCCGCAGACAGCAGCCCGAGCCCGGGGAGGACGGCUGGACCGUGGUGGGCAAAAAAAAUAAAUAAAACCAUCCGAACAAGAACACUUCUCAGCCCUCUGACCCGUGUACUGAACCCAGGAGUGAACGCCCCAAAUCUACACCAGACUGCUCUCUCUGUUAUCAUUGAAGCAUUCCCUUUAACCAUUCGCUCCUGAGCUGAACCAGUUAUUGGCUUAAUUGGUCAAGCUUAACAUGUUACAGGAGGCUGUGUGGUCCAGUGGUUAAAGAAAAGGGCUUGUAACCAGGAGGUCCCCGGUUCAAAUCCCACCUCAGCCACUGACUCACUGUGUGACCCUGAGCAAGUCACUUCACCUCCUUGUGCUCCGUCUUUCGGGUGAGACGUAGUUGUAAGUGACUCUGCAGCUGAUGCAUAGUUCACACACCCUAGUCUCUGUAAGCCUUGGAUAAAGGCGUCUGCUAAAUAAACUAAUAAUAAUAAUUAUUCCAGAUCCUUAGCCAGUGACAACCAUUAUGAAUCUUGACACUUUUGCAUGACCUGGAAUUUUUGGAUUGAGACAUUAAAACAAACAAAUAAAAAAACAAAAAACGA